GGAAGCCCCUACUCCAGUUUCAGCCUUACUACAUGCUGCUACUCUUGUUACAGCGGGAAUUUAUUUACUAUUAAGAAGUUCACCUAUUUUAGAAUAUAGCCCUACAGCUUUACUAAUAUUAACUUUUAUCGGUUCUACCACUGCUUUUGUAGCUGCUUCAUCGGGGCUAGUUCAAAAUGAUUUAAAAAGAAUUGUUGCCUUCUCUACUAUUAGUCAAUUAGGUUAUAUGAUGAUGGCUGUAGGGCUUAGUCAGUAUAAUGUGGCCUUAUUUCAUGUAGUAAAUCAUAGUUUCUUUAAAGCUCUACUAUUUUUAGCUAGUGGUUCAAUUAUUCAUGCAGUAGCUGAUCAACAAGAUGUUAGAAAAAUGGGUGGACUGAUUAAAUUUUUACCCGUUACUUAUUCCUUAUUAAUGGUAGGAACUAUUUCAUUAAUGGCUUUACCUUUUGUUUCGGGUUAUUAUAGUAAAGAUUUAAUAUUAGAAUUAGCUUAUAGUAAAUAUAGCUUUAGUGGAACUUAUGCUUUUGUAUUAGGUUCAUUAACUGCUUUUUUAACUGCUUUUUAUAGUUUUAGGUUAAUAAGUUUAGUUUUCUUAACUUCGCCUAAUGGGGGUAAAUUAACAUAUUUAAAUUCAC